GGUAUAAAACCCGACCCAGCCACGCCCCACGGUGUAGUCACUGAUCAGGGAGGUUGCCUGCCACGUCCGGAGACGCAGCCGCCAUGAUGAGCUCGGUAUCUGUGUGGCUGCUGUCAGCCGUCUGCGCCCAGCUGGCAGCGGCUCAGGCGCCCACCCAGUACAACUACCCCGAGUUCACGGGCGGCUACCAGGCUGCCGGAGCGGCGGCCAACCGUCUGGCUGCCGCGCGGACCGGUGGGUUAGCGCCGGCGCCCCGGGCGGCCGCCACCGGGCCGGGCCCCUACAACGCCGCCGCCGUGGCCGCCGGGUACAACUACCCGGAGUUCACUGGAGGGUACCCGGCCCGCCAGCAGGCCCCUGCGCAGGCCUACAGCCCCGCACCGGCGGCUUACAACGCCGCGCCUGCCGCCUAUAGCCCUGCCCAGGCCGCCUACAACCCCGCUCCCGCCGCCUACAACCCCGCAGCCUACAGCAGCGCCGCAGCUUACGAUAACGGCGGCUACAGCGGCGGCUCUGCCUACGACAACAGUGGCUACAACGACGGCUACCAGGCGCAGAGCGGGCCGUCCCACUACAACUACGGCUACGCCAGCGACACGUCGGCCAAGCAGGAGGUGCGCUCGCCGGACGGCACCGUGCGCGGCGCCUACAGCUACAUCGACGCCAACGGCAGGACGCAGAAGGUGGAGUACGUCUCGGACUCGACCGGCUUUCACGUGGUGCGGGGCACCAACCUGCCGCAGGCGCCGGCCCCGCCGCCGACGGCGUAGGGCGUGGUGGCGAGCGUCGUGAGUGGGGACGAGGUAGAGGGUUGGGCUCGUGAUAUUAGUCUGGUCGGACGGGAGUCAGCCGGAGGUCAGCCUACGACGGGCUUUGGGCGGGUGGCCUGUUCAGAUCAGUGAAUACGGGGACUGGGCCCUGUGCGUGCAGGGCAGCUGUUCUAUGGAUUGUAUGUUGUUUUCGUGUGACGUUCGCGUCUUGAUGCUUGCCGAUAGAUUGUCAAUUACCUGAUGAAGAUUUGUUUUGAUAAGGUAGCAAUGACCUUUA